UUAUAUACAUGUACCCUUACAAACACAAAGGAGAGCAAACUAUAUUAUUUUGUGUUAAUCGGUUGUUUAGAAACAAAAUAAAACCUAUUUUUGUGUACACUAAGACUUGUCGGAGUUUAUGUUUCUGUCAAGUGUGUAAACGCCGUGUCAAAGCGAAAGGAAAAAUUAGAUUUUUUGAACGAAAUAUGAAAAAGAUUAAUACACUAGUGACCGUCAUUAUUAUUUUAUCUUUUCAUAAUGUUUGUUUAUCGAAGAAAAUACACGUUUCACCAUUUGGUCAAGAUAAAUUAUCUUGUGGAAAACUUAAUUCAAAAUGUAAAUCGAUCAAUUACAGUAUCCAAAACGUCGCAUUGAAUAAUGAUACAGUCGUGUUAGAAGGUGGAAACAAAGAAUCGUUUAUUUAUCGUCAGAACGAACCUAUCUUGAUUCUCAAGAAUCUUUAUAUUACAACAUCUUUAGAUAGUAAUUAUCCAGCUAUAAUAUCCAAUCGGGGACCACCCAGUCUUCUUUAUGCAUUUCAGUUUAACACUACUCAAUCGUUUCUUAGCUUGAAAUCAAUAAGCUUCCUUAAUAUUUACAUUCUCACGUGGAAGGUAUACGAUACUUACAGUCGACUUGAUGUUACCAACUGUACUGUAAAUUUUAAUCAGCAAAGUUUUGGCUUGGGAAUUAUUUAUUAUGACAUGUAUCCCUACGAGACAGAUGCUAAGAAUUUGAAUGCAACUAGAAAAAGCUUAAUUGAGAUUAAUAUAAACCGAUGCAUCAUAACUUUUGAUUAUCUUCUAAUAAAUAUACGUGGUUUGGCAUCUAAUAACAUUAAUAUCACCGUUAACAACUCGCUCAUAGGCGGAGGCGUAUUAAUAUACUUGGGUUAUACGCCAUUUAAUGCACAAGAGCAUUUACUCACAAUAACUAAUUCUGUAUUUACACAUCCAUCGGGAAUUAUUGAUAAUAUAAUAUUUUUUUAUGCUCCAGGAUAUGGUGGUAAACUUGUGAUCACAAAUGUGAUAUUUUCUCAAUGUUUUCCUACCGAUUCGGUUAUUCGAAGUGAACACGGUUUGGACACUGCAACAUUCACAAAUUCGAUUUUUAAAAAUACAAAAACUUGUAUAGCAUUGCAUUACGUAGCUAUUGUGAUCAAAGGAUGCGUUUUUAGUGGUAAUAUACAAGGUACAUUAAACCUAAAUAACACUGUCGUGUCUAUUUUGACUUCGGUGUUUAGAAACAACGUUGGGGAGGUGGGUGGCGUUUUAAGGAGUAGCCACAACUCCAUAACCAUACUUAACUCAACAUUUAUUGAAAACUCGGCUGUUAUCGGAGGAACAUUUUAUUUUGAAAAUGAUGAACUUAUCCAAUUAGAAAAUGUGAACAUAACAAGCGUUGUAACGUCAUACACAGUGUUCGCUGCAGUGUUCUACAGCAGAAAUGCUGUGUAUAUGAAAAAUGUACGCAUUAAUGUUAAAACAAACUCAAGCGAUGACGACAUAAUAACAAUUUCUGCUUAUGGCGAUAAACCAAUGGUUUUACUGCCUCCAUGCCAUUAUACUUGUCCAGUUAACCAGCUUGUUAUGUACAAGGCAAAAAGUGAUUUCUAUUUAUGGAAAUGUGUUGGUUGUGAAAAGGGUACAUAUAGUUUAAAGCAGUCGUAUCAGUACUUGAACAAGACGGCUCAUUUAGAAAGUGUCAACGUUACCUGUCAUCAAUGUCCUGCUGGAGGGCUGUGCGAUGGUAAUUUAAUAAGUAAAGAUAAUUAUUGGGGAUAUUCAAAUAGAAAUGGUAUUGUAAAAUUUUUGCCUUGCUUAUCAGGGUAUUGCUGCUCCAGUUUAAGUAGAAAAUGUUUUAAUAUUUCAACUUGCGCAAGUAAUCGUGCUGGAACGUUAUGUGGCUCGUGCGUAAAGUCACACUAUGUUGACUUUUUUUCCAAUGACUGCGAACAUGACAAGAACUGUCAAAUACUUACUUUCUGGAUUUAUUUUGUUACAUGUGGCUUAAUUUUUGUUGGGAUUGUUUGUUAUUUAAAAGAUAUUCCAACCAUCUUGACACAAAUCGUGACCAAAUGUAAAUCCAGGAAGGAACCAGAAAACGUCAAUCGGUUAACAAUAGAAAAUAACGAACAUGAUUUUACAGAAGCAAUCACUAAAUCAGAUCCUGAAAUAGUCACCCAGAUGUCCGACACAAUCAAUGAAAAUGAAACUGUAUCUAGCGCCCAAAAAGUUAAACCAACAAUUAAUGCAACCACAAAUACUAUGGGUUUAUUUAAAAUCUUAGUGACAUUUUACCAAUUAGAUGCUUUAAUAAAAUCACCGCGAAAAGGCUUAAACUACAGUAUCCCAUCAUUUAUCCGAAGUGUAAUAUCAUCUUUUUUCAAUUUAGAGUUGUCUAUUACCAGUUUUACAUCAAAAAUAUGUCCAAUAAAAGGUAUGAAUAUCAUACAGAAAUUAAUAAUAAAGGAGUAUUUAUUUACAGCUUAUAUGGUUGCCGUGUUGUUAGCAUUUCUCCUCGUAAAUAAAAUAAUAAAAAUAUGCAAACACAACAAUAAUAAUGAAACAAGUGAUGAACAAGAUCGAAUUGAGGGAGUUGAGGAUGAUUUGCAAUACACAGAGUUAUUACUAAGAAAGAAUAAACAUGCAAAAUUAAUGCUGUCCACUGAUGUACAAUUGAGAAUCUGCAUUAUUCAAAUUAUUUUAAUGGCGUUUGUGAAUAUUGCUACAACAUGCUUUAAAUUUUUAAGUUGUGUAGAAGUAAACGAACAAUCUGUUUUAUACAUCAAUGGCGAUAUCCAAUGUUUCACAUAUUGGCAGUACAUAGUUUUAAUAUUCACGAUAACAUGGGUUUUACCCUUUUGUUUCACAGUAUAUAUAUCAACACGUAUGUUAAGGCAAGAUGUGAUCACGGUAAAGGAGUUUUAUAUAUGUUUUUGCGCACCCAUAUGUGCUUUAUUAUAUCUAGUAAAGAGGAAAGCAUGUUCUAAAAAGCGAAUAUCACUUUUUUGUGCCGAACAAAAACAAAUUGUAGCCAUAUUUGAAGAACCUUUUCGAAUUGAUCACAACAAAAACACUGUGUUAUUGUGGGACUGUAUUUUGUUGUCUCGACGCGUCAUUGUUGCUGCCACUGUAGUUUUCGAAAUUGAAUCUAUUCAUCGCCUGUGUUACGUCAGUAUAAUUGUACUGAUGUUCUUGUUGCACCACCUGAUGACCCUACCUUACAAAAACAACACUUUGAACAAAACAGAAACAUUUAGUUUGAUUUCUCUCACGUUCCUGGUCAUUGUUAACCUGUUCUGGACAUUCAUUUAUAGUUACAAUUUACCAUAUAACAGCGCUCUGGAAACAGUUGGGAUCGUAUUCACAGCUAUUGAAGAUUUUAUACUGCUGACACCAUUUACAUUACUUGUUUUAUAUAUUUUAUGGUCUCUCAUUGCACCACUAUUGAAACGCUGUAUUUCGACAUUAAGAAAAAAGCACGAAUAGUGAAUAACGGGUAACCCACAGGAAAGUGCAAUGUCUUUGUCUUCUUCUGGAAUCGAUAAUUGGUACAAUUAGUACAAUCGAAUUCUACAAUCUGAUUCUGUAUUAUUUUUUAUUUGUUUUGUAACUCUAUGCAAAAAACUAUACGAUAGAAAUGUUCUUAAAAUGUUUCUAAAUGUUUGGAAAGUCGCAAUGUUUUUAUACAAACGGUUUUUACACAUGCAGAAAUAAAACG